GCGACGGCAGCAUUGAAAUUCACUGGAAAUCAGUAACUCACGUUGCUGGCUGCUCAGCGAAAUACUGUGUGAUAAUAUUUUUCUAAUAAACCGAAGGAGUCAAGAACCGGCUACAAAAUAUGGGAUGGAAAUUGUGGUGUUCGGUACUCUUGAUUUGUUUCCUCGUGCAAGCACUACAUGCGGCGGCGGAGUGCAGGGGCCGGCAGUUCCAGUGCCGCAGCGGGGACUGCAUCCCGAUAAACUGGCUGUGCGACGGCGCGGAGGAGUGCGAGGACGGCAGCGACGAGGACAGCGCCACCUGCUUGGCCAAGACAUGUGGACCUGAUGAAUUCAGCUGUGGGGGCCGAUUGAACCAGUGCGUCCCCGCCAAGUGGCGCUGUGACGACAAGGUGGACUGUGAGAAUGGGGCCGACGAGGAGGACUGCGGCCCAAAAACCUGCCGGGAGGACGAGUUCCUGUGCACCAACGGGGAGUGCGUCGCCGAGGGCUUCGUGUGCGACGGAGAAGCCGACUGCGAGGACGGCAGCGACGAGGCCGCCUGCGCCCCCCUCACCUGCAAUUCCGGAAGCUUCCAGUGCGACGACAGCAGGUGUCUGCCCUACAUCUGGACCUGCGACGGAGAUCACGACUGCAGCGAUGGGUCCGACGAGGCUGUCUCGCUGUGCGGCCGCCGGCCCACGCCCGCUGGACCCUGCUCCGUCCUCGAGUUCCAGUGCGCCAAUGGACACUGCAUCCACGCCAACUGGCAGUGCGACGGGGGGCACGACUGCGCAGACGGUUCCGACGAGCUCAAUUGCACCAAGCCCACCUGCCGCCCGGACGAGUUCCAGUGCGGCGACGGCACCUGCAUCCAUGGCAGCCUGCAGUGUAACCAUGAGCACAACUGCAAGGACCUCAGUGAUGAGCUGGGCUGUGUUCAAGAUACCCACUGUGAGGGCUCCGGAAGGUUCCGGUGUCGUAGCGGGGAAUGCGUCAGUGUGCAGAAGGUGUGCAACAAGGUCCGAGAUUGCAGGGACUGGUCUGACGAGCCCAUUAAGGAGUGCGGCCUGAAUGAGUGCCAGGACAAUAACGGAGGAUGCUCCCACAUCUGCCAUGACCUGGUGAUCGGGUUUGAGUGCCUGUGCCCUGCCGGCUUCUACCUGCUGGACGGGAAGCAGUGUGAAGAUGUGGACGAGUGCGCCGACCCCGAAACCUGCGACCAGAUCUGCGUCAACCUGCAGGGAAGCUUCAAGUGUGAGUGUGAAGAAGGAUACUGGCUGGACCCGGUCAGCAAGGCCUGCAAGGCGGCUUCUGGCACCGUGCCGUACCUGUUCUUCACCAACCGCCACGAGGUGAGGAAGAUGACACUGGACCGCAGGGAGUACACGCGCUUCAUUCCACAGCUCAAGAACGUGGUGGCCCUGGACGCCGAGUUCCCAGCCAGCAGGAUCUACUGGUCCGACCUCUUCCAGAAGAAGAUUUACAGAACAGACAUGGAGUCGGCCGCUAACCCCUCCAGCCACCACGCCGUGAUCGACACCGGCAUCGGGGCGCCGGAGGGACUGGCCAUCGACUGGGUCCACGGCAACAUCUACUGGACGGACAGUGUGUACGGCACCAUCUCCGUGGCAACGUCUGAUGGGGCCCGACGCAAGACGCUCAUUAUGCACGGCCUGGUCAAGCCCCGAGCCAUUGUGGUCGACCCAGAACGCAACUACAUGUACUGGACAGACUGGGGAACCCCAGCCAAGAUCGAGAAGGGGGGGCUGAACGGAGCCGGCCGUACCGCCCUGGUGACGGACAGCAUCGAAUGGCCCAAUGGCAUCACACUGGACUUGCUGAACCAGCGCCUCUACUGGGUGGAUUCGAAGAUGCACACCCUCUCCAGCGUUGAUAUCAACGGGGGCACUCGGCACACACUUAUCAUCGACGAGCACAAGCUGCUGCACCCCAUCUCCCUUGCCGUCUUCGAGGAGAAAGUGUUCUGGACUGACGUCGGCAGCAACUCCAUUUUCAGCGCUAACCGCUUGACGGGACAUGACAUCACAGCGGUCGCUCAGAAUCUGGUCUCCCCCGAGGAUAUUGUGCUGUAUCACGACCUGAAGCAGCCAGCAGGCAGGAACUGGUGCAAUGACAGCAAGCUGCCUAAUGGUGGCUGUGAGUUUCUGUGCCUCCCGGCACCACAGAUCAAUAGCCGUUCCCCAAAAUACACCUGUGUCUGCCCGGACGGUGCAGUUCUGGGUCCGGACAUGAAGAAGUGCCUGCCAGCAGCUCCGAAGACUCCAGUGCCUCCCGCCAAGUCCACCAGCACUGCUCGAGGACCGCUGAGGACCUCCACGGCGACCACCACAGGCUCCUCCCCCCACACUGCUGGGCCAGACAGGAACAAGAACCUCCAGUCAACCUCCGGGCUGGAGUUUACUCCACAGGGAGGUGACCAUAAUGAAUUAGCCGCCAUGCCGAAAGAGUCGGACUCAUCAUCUCAGACCGCUAUUUACAUCGUACUGCCCAUAGCGAUCAUCUGUCUGCUGGCUUUUGGCGCCGGUUUUCUGUGGAGGAACUGGAAGCUGAGGAACACCAACAGCAUCAGCUUCACCAACCCCGUCUACCAGAAGACCAUGGAGGACCAGGUGCACAUAUGCAGGACAGACAGCGAGGAGGGGUUCAUCUACCCAUCGCAGCAGAUGGUGAAUCUAGAUGAAGAUAUAAUGGCAUGAUGGUUUCCCAGAGGUCCUUCAAUUAUUCAGGAGUCACUGCCUCAGAUGCUCUUAAAGGUCGACCAUCCAGCCUUAAAACACAAGGAAGCCUUUCGGAAAUAAACAGCCCCCCCGCCCCCCACGAAAUGGAUAGGGGCCAUAAGCAGAAUGGGAGUUCAGGUGACCACGUUGAGCCAACGGGAGAGACCCGGGAAAAGCCGUUGAAAUUUCCACCAGGUUUGAAGUUUACAGAAGACUUGUUCAUAUCGUGCCUAGACCGACUUUUCAGCUGUGAUUGCAGGACUGGUGAAGUUGAUGAAUGAUCCAGCUACAACAGACAGACACUGAAAAACGGCAGCGUGACAACGAUUCACCUCAUGAGUCCGUAAGGGCUGGCUAUAGUGCACCAAGUGAACACCACUAUGUAUGUAUGUGUGUGUGUGUGUGUGUGUGUGUGUGUGUAUAAUGUGUUUCUUUGUCACAAUAAUUUACCCCAAAUCCUUAACUACCGCACUUGUCAUAUUUUGCACUAUUAAUGAUAGUUUUUACAUAUUUUGAUAAGUCCCUGACACCCUAACCAGGAUAACUGGUUAUAAGAUGGAUGGAUGCAUGGAUGGAUGGAUGUAUGUUUCGAUUAUUUAAAGAAUGUACUGUAUUUGUUUUUUUGCAACAACAAAUAUAUCCAUAUAUCCAUAUCUAUACAACUGAAGACCUCUGUAAAAGUCAUCCAGCUGAGAUACAAGCUUAGCUUGCCUGACUUGGCAGCAGGUAUAUAAACUAACAUCGAGCGAUGGUCCUGAAGAGCUCUGUCUCCCUGGGGCAUGUUGUGCCUUGAUCAUAUUGCCUGUGUAAAUAUCCCUCUAUGCUCUUGGCAGGAGAAGUCCUCAGUAACGCGCGUGCAAACCCAGUCUAGCCGUUCCCUCCUUACUGUUGUAUAUGUAUAACUAGCUUCUUCUCAGGAUCAGAAAGCCAGAGUCUUUUUAUUUUCUCUCUUAUUUAUUGCUGAUUUCUAUCGCUCGCAAAACACCGCAGCCAGCUAACUCUGUGAGACUUUAGCAUAUUAUGCACAUGUAUGGUUCAAAACCCAGCCAUGACAGGCAUGUAGCUGGGGUACAUAUCCUAUAACAUGCCGGAGCCUAAAAUACCUGAGCCUGCCAUCCAUGCACGUUUUUUGGCCUUGUGCCGUUGUAGCUCUUGAAGACACCAUCCAUAUGGAACUUUUUUUUCUAGGUAUCAAAUGUAAACUAUGUAAAAUGCUUGUAUAUAUAUGCAUUAUGUAUAUUGGACCGGUGUAAAUAUAUUCCUGUUUUUGUACAUCCUUUUUGUUAAUCAUAUGUGGUUGUAUAGUUUUCAGAUUUGUAUGAUAACAAAUUAUUUGUCGGGGAUGAAUCUCAUAACUUUUUUUCUGUUUAUUUUCACUAAACUAUGUCUGGUUUGUAUUGUCUCUAUUGAUUGCUUUAUAUUUGUACAUUUGGAAAUAUAUUAAAAACGAACUCUGUGCUGAUGUAUAGCAUAGUAAAUUUCAACUCUCAUCAGUUGCGUUGUUAAAGUGCGAGAAAACUAUUUAUUGGUUGUGGAUGUUUUUAGACGAUUCUAAGUUCUGUGGUUUUAUUUUCCGUUUAGUAAUAUAAAACUUUUGACCAUUUAAUUAAAUCCUCUUUCAUGUGAAUUACAUGGCGGAUUAUACACAGUCUGAAUAUUGUGAAAUUACCAAAACAUUUGCUGCUUUGGGUUCUUGAGUCUUACGAGGCUUUUAAUUAAAAGGCUGUAUAUCACACAUCACAUCUAUAAGUCAUUCAAUAGACAGUCAACUGUUAUUCUUAUUAAGUAGAUUUUAAAUUCUAGGUAGUGGGCGUAAUUUAACAGAAAUAUUUAUUUGGGAUCAUAAAAAAAUAUUGCAAUUAGAACUGCCAUUAACGGUACAUUCAGUAAAAAUAUGUAUUUAUGCUGCAAAUAAACAUGCAUUUGCUGCACAAA